GUGGAUAUCAUCCAUUAUCUCCACGUUUUGGCUAGCAGUUGUCUCUUAAUAGGAGAGUCAAUUGUAAAGCAACUUGUAUAAAAGGCUUGGUCUCUGCUCUCAUAUUCACACGUUAAAAUUCUGUAUGCUUGUCCUAUUGAAAGCCUUGACAUUUUGGAAUACUGAGAGGAGAAGAUCAUCUUGUAUAUUUGAUUAUGGCUAAUUCAAGUUUCAAUAUGUUAAACCUUAUUAACAUUGAGAAACUGAAUGGGACCAACUUCAAGACAUGGAAGCAACAGAUUGAUAUGAAUUUGGGAUUACUUGAGUUCACCAUAGCUUUUAAGGAGCCUAAGCCAGCAGCCUUGACUGAUGUCAGCAGCCAAGAAGAAAAGGAUGCUUUUAAGAAGUGGGAGAGAGCAAAUGAUAUGUCUUUGCUUAUAAUACAAAAUUCAAUGGAAGAGCACAUUAGAGGUGGCAUUCCAGGCUGUGAUCUUGCCAAGGAUUAUAUGGAAGCUGUGGUGGAGAAGUUUAAGAGGUCUGACAAGGUUGAAUCUAGUUCCUAUCUUACUACACUCACUUCAACCAAGUUUGAUGGAACUGGGAGCAUGAGAGAGCAUCUCCUCAAACUUGUUAAUGUGGCAAACAAGCUCAACAAUCUGGACUUGCAGAUUACAGAUCAAUUCCUUGUUCAUAUGGCUCUCAAUUCCUUGUCUUCCGAUUAUGAGCAAGUGAAGAUCAACUACAAUACUCAAAAAGAGACUUGGACUGUCAAUGAACUUAUUGCUAUUUGCUGUCAAGAGGAGGAGAGAUUAAAAAAGGGCAAAGCUGAAGUUGUCAAUUUAGUUCAUGCUGGGAAAGGAAAGAAAGCAAUUACAGUCAAUAAAUCUGGAAAUCCCAAUCAGAAGACUAGUGCACCUAAAACAGGUUCAUAUUUCAAUUCAAAGAAACAUGCUAAUAACUCUGUUGUGCCUGCUCAAAACUCUAUUGCUACCACUAGUUCUGGUCUUAAACCUAACAAAGACAUUUUCAAGAAAUGUUUCUUUUGCAAAUCUGCUGAGCAUGUGAGAAAAGAUUGCCCUGGUUUUAAGGCAUGGCUCAUUAAGAAAGGGAUUCAAAAGCCAGAAGGACCAAAAUAGAGAGAUCUACAAAGUCUUUGUUGGAAAUGGAACAAAAGUAGAAGUAGAGUCUGUUGGUAUUGUUAAGUUAGAGUUGUCAUCUGGUUUUAUUUUAGUCUUGAACAAUGUUCUUUAUGUACCUUCGAUGAGAAGGAAUUUACUUUCAGUUUCAAAGCUUGUUAAGGAUGGUUUUUCUUAUAUUGGUGAUGACGAAAGU